UACUUCAACGGAGUAUUAGUUUUGCCACCGCACCAGGCGUAGGGUUUGGGGUUUUUGGAGUAUUCGGUUACCGUUAACUUGCAGAUCAAGAAAGCUUAGGAACGUGGGAGCUACAAGCACAGACCCCUGGCCUCCCUCCCAGAAUCCACAAUUACCUUUCGCUUUCUGGUUCAGUCCUCACAAGUAACGAACAAAGUUUUCCGAGGAGGAGAAAAUGGGUAGCAACCAAGCUGCGGUGUCCUUCCUGACGAACCUAGCUAGAGCGGCUUUCAGUUUGGGUGUCGGCGCAACCGUUCUGAAUUCAUCUCUCUACACCGUCGACGGUGGCGAAAGGGCUGUACUGUUUGAUCGAUUCAGGGGAGUAUUGGACGAGACUGUGGGAGAGGGUACCCAUUUCUUGAUCCCAGGGCUGCAGAAGCCCUACAUCUUCGAUAUCCGUACUCGUCCCCACACCUUCUCUUCCGUCUCCGGUACCAAGGAUCUGCAGAUGGUACACCUCUCCUUACGUGUCCUUGCCCGCCCUGAAGUUCCCCGUCUUCCAACUAUCUUCAAAACCCUUGGCGUGGAAUACGAUGAGAAGGUCCUCCCUUCCAUUGGUAACGAAGUUCUUAAGGCCGUUGUUGCCCAAUUCAAUGCCGAUCAACUCCUCACCGAGCGUCCCCAUGUCUCUGCCCUCGUUCGUGAGAGCUUGGUUCGCCGCGCUAAGGAUUUCAAUAUCGUCCUCGAUGACGUUGCCAUCACUCAUCUCUCCUAUGGUGCCGAAUUUUCCAAGGCCGUGGAGCAGAAGCAGGUCGCCCAGCAAGAGGCCGAGCGCUCCAAGUUCGUUGUGGCCAAAGCCGAGCAGGAGAGGAGAGCUGCUAUUAUUAGGGCCGAAGGAGAGAGUGAGGCCGCUAAGUUGAUCUCCGAAGCCACUGCAGCUGCUGGGAUGGGCUUGAUUGAGUUGAGGAGAAUCGAGGCUUCCAGGGAGAUUGCUGCUACCUUGGCCAAGACUCCCAACGUUGCCUACCUUCCUGGUGGGAAUAACAUGCUUCUUGGUCUCAACCCUUCUUUGACACCAGGCCGUUGAUCAUGGAAUCAUUAGAUGAUCCAACCAUGACUCUGCAGCAUUUUUGAGAUUCAUGUUCAUAGUUUGCUACUCCAUGGGGCUUUUUAGCAAACAUUUGCAGGUGGAACUUUUUGGUCGAUAAACGUCUACAGAUUUGAACUUUGCUAGUGUCAAAAGUUUGUCAAAUUUGAUCAGUUUACUUUUAUGUUAACCAUUUUGAAUUCAUGAUAUCAUUUUAGCAUACCUUUAGAAUUCAGCCAUGGGAAAUUUAAUUGAGUAUAACACAUAAUAAGAGAAAACAAAAGUUCUGGAUUA